AUGGCUCUUACAUCACUUGCGCAGGCCUGUUUGCCUACUACAUUCUCCCCUACAGUGUUUGGUGUCUCUAUCGUCUCCAUCCAGACAUCACUUGUUUCAAAUUUCAGCGCUGUCAUCCCCGCGGCAUACCGGUUUGCUCAGCCCACGAUUGAAGUCAGCAACGCUACGUUCUGCAAUGUUACUGUGACGUACACCCAUCCUGGAUUGAGCGACAGUAUAAAUGUGGAAUCUUGGCUUCCCGUUCAGAACUGGAACGAAAGGCUUCUAGCUACGGGAGGAGGCGGCUGGGUCGCUGGCCGUUUUCAACUCUCAUAUAGUGUCAUGACUGGAGCCAUUGGGGAGGGAUAUGCUACAGUCACCACCGAUGCCGGCUUGGGAAUUUCUCCGGACCCACUGGCUUGGACAAGCGCAGAACCUUGGGCUCUCGUGAGUCCUGGCAAUGUGAAUCUUUAUCACCUUCGAAAUUUCGGACACCUUAGUCUCAAAGAGAUGACCGUCAUUGGAAAAUCCUUGAUCAGUUCAUUCUAUUCCGAGGAACCGAAAUUCUCAUACUGGAGUGGCUGCUCCCAAGGUGGACGUCAAGGAUUAGAGAUUGCCCAACGAUAUCCAGACCUAUACGAUGGCAUCGUAGCAGGUGCCCCGGGGAUAUAUUUACCCCAGGUCGUUUCAAAUAUCUACUGGCCACAGCAGUAUAUGAAUGAGAUCGGGAAGUAUCCACUCCCAUGCGAAUUCGACGCAAUUACGAAAGCAGCAAUUACGGAGUGUGAUGGGCUCGAUGGGGUGGCGGAUGGGAUCAUUUCAGACACUGAAAUUUGUGAGAAACGGUUCAAUCCCACAAAGCUCACUGGCAAAGCAAUCGAGUGCGCCCAAACGAAUUCGACAACCUCUAUUAGCGCUGAAGCUGUAAAAAUUGCGAAACUUGCAUGGGAUGGUAUUUCUACGGCCGAAGGAAAAUCAAUUUGGCACGGCUUAAACAUCGGCGCCGAUCUGACUGCGACCGAUCCUGCAGGAGGCGGUUAUGGUACAGCAAGCACCAAAUGCUCUAACGGAUCCUGUGUUGGAAAUCCGAGCGAGCUUGGAGCAUCGUGGAUUCGCCUUUUCCUUGCUCAAGAUCGAAAUUUCCAAUUGGCAAAGUUGACUCGAAAAGAGUUUCUUCGGUUAGUGCGUCUGGGUAUCCACGACUAUAGUUCAUUCAUUCGCACCAGCGACCCUGAUCUCUCGGGGUUCCGUGAUGCCGGAGGCAAGAUUAUUACUUUUCACGGUCUAGCAGACAAUGUCAUCCCCUCAAAAGGUACAGAGCAAUAUUAUAAAGAGGUAGCAGCAUUUUCACCGGAUGCCCGCAGUUUCACUCGAUAUUACCCAGUUCCCGGUCUUGACCAUUGCUUCGGAGGAACGGGAGGACAGCCUAUCAACCUCAUGAGCCAGCUUCGUGCGUGGGUUGAGAAUGGAACGGCGCCUGAGUCAUCUCCAGUUACCAUUAUUGAUCGUGAUGGCGAGCCCCAGCAACGAGUUUUAUGCCCUUACCCGCAGAGAGCCAGUUUGAAGAAGCACUGUAAAGACGUUUCAAAUGUCGAGUGCUGGUCAUGUGUAAGUCGGCCGACUUAUUAA